AUGACUCCGCAAAUUUCAGGCCUCGAUCGCACAUUUGUGAAUCUAACGGACGAUCCCGCAGAGGGACGAGGCGCAAGGCGCACAUAUAUCCGCCGGGCGGUGAUGAAGAGCUACCACGAGCGCCGAAGCCAGAAGAAGAGGGCUCCGAAAUCUGAGGCUGCUGUAGCUGAAAAGAGAGCUGGAAAG